CCUUUGUCCUGCUGUUAUUCUGGGAUAUUCAGUAAUAUGUGUCAGCUCUCAUGAACUUUACCAAUGGGAGGGGGGGCACUCUCCUUUACCUGUGACUAAAGAAGGCGAGGGGGUAUUUAUAGGACAUAGAGUAAUAAAGUGCUUUGUUUUGCAGGGAGAGAUGUCAGUAUAAAUCCUGCAGGAGCAGACUGUUUCCUGCCUCAUACGGAUCUGCUAAUAUGGCUCCAAAGAAAGCGAAGAAGCGAGCAGAGGGCGGCUCCAACGUGUUCUCCAUGUUCGAGCAGCCGCAGAUCCAGGAGUUCAAAGAAGCCUUCACCAUCAUGGACCAGAACAGAGACGGCUUCAUCGACAAGAACGACCUGAGAGACACCUUUGCAGCUUUGGGCCGUUUAAAUGUCAAGCAGGAGGAGAUAGACGAGAUGCUGAAGGAGGCCCCGGGGCCCAUUAACUUCACUGUCUUCCUCACCAUGUUCGGAGAGAAACUAAAAGGGGCUGACGCAGAGGAGACCAUCCUCAACGCCUUCAAAGUGUUUGAUCCCGAGGGGAAGGGAACGCUGAAGAAAGACUAUGUGACGGAGAUGUUGACCACACAGGCGGACAGAUUCUCCCCUGAAGAGCUGGAGCAGAUGUUCACAGCAUUCCCUCCAGAUGUGGCAGGAAACCUGGACUACAAGAACCUGGUGCACAUCAUCACACACGGAGAGGAGAAAGACCAGGAGUAAAUGAUCCUCUGAUUUAAAAACAAGCGUGCAGGAAAUUAAUUGCAAAUAAACUGUCUCAAGUUGUAUUUUGCAUGUAGUUAUAGUGUGUGUGUAUGAGUCUACAUAUAUGGCCAUCCCUUGAUAUGUAUUUUGUGAAAUUAAAGGUUUGACACCACAAA